CAUCGCACGGUUGAGAGUACAAGACAGUGGCGGGGCAUUUUGUCUUUCCUUGCGAAAAACGAUAAUGAUAGUUCCUUCUUCGUAUUUGACGACGAGUUGAAUCUUGAAUUGUUCGAAUUGGGGGGGUUUUGGGUUUUGUUUCAAUCAAGAUUUCAAGAUCUUACCUUCUCUGUCCCGGUGCGAUCCGAAUUCCGAGGGAUUGUCGGAAUUGAUGGCGUUUUCUGCAUCCAGAUGCCUCUUUUCCAUCUCUCCUGGAUUUUCCACUUCACUUUCUUCAUCGCCGUCUUCCUCCUCAUCCUCUUCUUCUUUAUUCCCUUGCAAUUUAUACUCGGGAAGUGUCCAGACGCGAGGGAUUUCCUUGGAUCAGCGACGCAGAUGCCAAUGGUCAACUUUUGUUUGUAAGCAAAUGGAGGCUGUGAAGCCUUCAAGUGGAGCAAAGGAAGUAGUGCUCGAUAAGGAAUCUUCACUUAUGGGGAGAUCCGUAAACGGGGCAUUACCAACUACUUCGUCUUUAUCAUCAAAGGAUAAUGGGGAAAAUCUAGGGUUGAUUGGGGAAGAUAAGGAAAUUACAGUUACUAUCACUGUUGUUGGAGCAUCCGGGGACCUUGCUAAGAAGAAGAUAUUCCCUGCAUUGUUUGCUCUUUAUUACGAAGAUUGCUUUCCCAAGCAUUUUACUAUUUUUGGAUAUGCUCGGAGUAAUAUGACUGAUGCGGAAUUGAGGAUCAUGGUCGGGAAAACACUUACCUGUAGAAUUGACAAAAGUGAGAAUUGCGAUCAGAAAAUGAAGGAGUUUCUAUCAAGAUGCUUUUAUCAUUCUGGGCAGUACGAUUCUGAAGAUAACUUUAGUAAACUAGACGAGAAGCUGAAGGAACAUGAGGCUGGACGAAUAUCAAAUCGUUUAUUCUACCUUUCAAUCCCACCCAAUAUUUUCAUCGAUGUUGUGAAAUGUGCAAGCACUUCGGCGUCUUCCACAAGUGGCUGGACGAGGGUUAUUGUUGAAAAGCCUUUUGGUCGAGAUUUGGAGUCUUCAUCUGCUUUGACAAAAGGCUUUAAACAAUACUUAGAUGAAGAUCAAAUUUUCAGAAUUGAUCAUUAUUUGGGGAAGGAAUUAGUAGAAAACCUUUCAGUUCUUCGAUUCUCAAAUCUUGUUUUUGAACCACUAUGGUCAAGACAAUACAUAAGAAACGUCCAGUUAAUUUUCUCUGAGGAUUUUGGUACAGAAGGUCGUGGAGGAUAUUUCGAUAGUUAUGGUAUUAUCAGAGACAUUAUGCAGAAUCAUCUACUUCAAAUACUUGCUCUCUUUGCCAUGGAGACACCUGUCAGUCUUGAUGCUGAGGACAUCAGGAACGAAAAGGUUAAAGUUCUCCGUUCGAUGAGGCCGUUGGAAAUCGAGAAUGUUGUGGUCGGGCAGUACAAGGGCCAUGUAAAAGGUGGAGUGUCUUACCCAGCUUAUACGGAUGACAACACAGUUCCAAAAGGCAGUCUUACGCCGACAUUUGCUGCAGCAGCACUCUUCAUAGAUAACGCCAGGUGGGAUGGUGUGCCAUUCCUGAUGAAAGCGGGAAAAGCAUUGCACUCCAAAAGGGCUGAAAUCAGAGUACAGUUCAGACAUGUUCCAGGAAACUUGUAUAAGAACACUUUCAGUGUUGAUAUUGAUAGAGCUACUAAUGAGCUUGUAAUCCGUGUCCAACCUGACGAAGCUAUUUAUUUGAAGAUAAACAACAAGGUUCCUGGUCUAGGAAUGAGACUGGAUCGAAGCAAGCUUAACCUUCAUUAUGCUGCCAAGUAUUCGAAAGAGAUACCAGAUGCAUAUGAAAGGCUUCUUCUGGACGCAAUUGAAGGAGAAAGACGGCUUUUCAUCCGCUCUGAUGAAUUAGAUGCAGCUUGGAAACUCUUCACCCCUCUACUCAAAGAACUUGAAGAUAGAAAAAUCCAUCCUGAGCUCUAUCCUUAUGGAAGUCGAGGGCCUGUCGGUGCCCAUUAUCUAGCUGCAAAGUAUAAUGUCCGUUGGGGUGACAUCAAUGCUGAAAAUUAUAAAACUUAAAUAACUGCAGUCAUUUUAAUUUUUGCAGGACAAUAAAUUAAGCUAUCAUUUAAACUCUAGGAUCUGGUUAUGCUGAGCUUGCAUUUAGUGUGCUUAUAAACAGAAUUAAUGUAUUUUAAAAAUUCAUUUAGGGUUUGUCCAACAAUUUAAAUUUUUUGAAUUAUUGCAUAAUGCCAUUGAAUUGUUGCU